AUGGCAGACAUAGCGGAACGAAAAGACAUCACAGGAGAUGUGAAUGACCCGGACGGUUGCCAUGAAGAUGUCGAAGUUGGUCCCACCGAACCUUUUACCGGCCUGCCGUAUGAUGUAUGCUUUGGGAAGCUUUUGAUGGAGGCCAGUUGCCAGCACAAGCCAUGGGAUCCUGUCCCGGAAAAAAACGCCCCAGUGAAAAUCACCUUCCUCGGUAAUUGGCUGAUACUCCAUUACGAAGAGAGUGGGAGUCACGCAGGGCUCGUGAUAUCACACGCUCUGGCGCAACUCGCCAGCGAGCAUUCGGUGACUUUGGUCGCGUCAAUAGGGCCCGUAGCGGGACGAGGCUCUUCCCCAUUGAUGUCGGACGUUCGGCUUCGGCCACUUCGAGUCAUUGUGUACGGUAGACUUACGGAGAGGAAUGCUGUCGCAGAAGUUCUUGAUGAGGGUGGCCUCUUUCUCCAACGUCCGGAGGAGUCCGAGUACGAUAGACGGGUGAAGUAUUUCAACCCCAUGUAUCUCCUUCCACCCGGCGAGGACAUGCCACGGACGGGGAUAACUUCAACGUCCUCUGGAAGGGGCCAGGCUACUGCUUCUGUCGACGAGGAAAUGCUCGAGGAAGUGGACAGGUGUCGGGUCCUGAGAAUAUUCGAUGAGGCAAGCGGACUGGAUGCUGGUGUGGCAUCAGAGGUGAAGCAGAGCCCGCGAAUCAUCUCUAAGCUGAAAAGCCACCAACUUGAGGCACUUGCCAUGAUGCUUGAAAAGGAGCAGCAGCCAAGAGAUUGCAGAGCGAAAUUUCCUUUGCUAUGGGAGCGCUCCGUUGAAGAUGAAGGCACAGUCGGCUCGACUCCCUCGGUCUCAGAUGUCCAGAGCCACACUGAUUGUGUGCCCGAUGUCAAACAUAUUCAACCAGGAGACAUAAACACACUUGUCUAUCACGGUGCCAAGAGACACUUUGCCGCAGAGCAACUACACAGCUUCGACGUAGUGCUCACCACAUAUGACACUCUCCGUUCAGACUGGACUGCAAAUGGAUCUCUUUACGCUCGCCCUUGGGCAAGAGUCAUUCUAGACGAAGCCCACAAGAUUCGCAACAGUAGCUCCAAAAUCUUCGCAGCCGCCUGCGAGAUCCGCGCCCAGAACAGGUGGUGUCUGACCGGCACGCCGAUCCAAAAUUCGCUGGGUGACUACGGCUCGCUGCUGGCCUUCAUCGGCGUCCCGCCCUUCACCACGCACGACCAGUUCCGCUUCUGGAUCUCCACGCCCGUCCUGUCCAGCCGCACCCACAACCUGCACACGCUGCGCAAGCUUGUACGCGCCACCUGCCUGCGCCGGACCAAGGCAUACCCCGCGCUCGCGUCGGCGCUGCAGCUGCCGCGCAAGAGGGAGCGCGUCGAGGCCGUGGUGCUAGCCGAGGACGAGCGUGAGCUGUACAACUUUUUCAAGCGCAGGUCCUAUCUGCUCGCUGGCGAGGCUCCUGCGGUGGAGGCGAAGCCCGGUGAAUCGCCGUCGCCCGCCGUCAAGCCCCGAAGGCGCAGAAAGAAACUCACCGGCGGGAACGCGCCUCGCAAGACCACCGCCAACAUCAUGGUCCUCCUCUUCGUCCUUCGCAUUAUCUGUGACCAUGGCGAGGCGCUCCUCCCGCGCGCGGCCCUUGACUCCUGGCGCAAUCACGACGCCGCAGGUAUUGGAUGGUCGCUGCUGGAGACGGCGGCCGACGCGGGGCCAAGUUGCUGCGUUUGCGGCACCGCCGUCGGCGGCGAGGAAAUGGAGAAACGGGAGCGCGACGUGGUUGACUUGGCGUGCCGGCGGCAUGUCGUGUGCGAGGCGUGUGUGGGCCUGGAAGAGGACGAUGCGCGGCCGGCUUGCCUGGCUUGUGGCCUGGCUGGUGUGGAUGGCGUCCCGUCGUCGUCGCCUUCGCGCGCCCUCGACGCCGAGUACCGCCCUUCGUCCAAGGUUGCAGCCAUGCUGCGCAAUGUUAUAGCCACGCUUCGUGGCGGGCAUUCCGUCGACAGUGAGGAUCGACCGGUCAAGAGUGUCAUCUUCUCUCACUGGACCAGCAUGCUCGACCUGAUAUCGACCGCACUGAGUCCACAUCUGUCCUCCCGCGGCCUAUCUCUCGUUCGUAUCGACGGCCGUUCCUCGCUACAGCAACGACGUGAGGUGAUGGAUAAGUUCAACUCGGACCACAGCUGUGUGGUGAUGCUGGCGACCAUUGGCGCCGUGGGGGAAGGUAUUGACCUCAGCAUAGCGUCUGAAGUGCACCUGAUGGAGCCGCACUGGAAUCCCAUGGCUGAAGCUCAGGCUGUUGAUCGGGUGCAUCGGAUCGGCCAGACCAAGGAGGUGGCGAUCACAAGAUACUGCGUAAAUGAUAGUAUUGAGGAGUACAUUCAAUGGGUUCAGGAAAGCAAGAUAAAACUGAUCAGUGAAACUCUCUCCGCGCCAGAAGAGGCUAGAGAGAAGACAACGGAAGAAGCCCUUGCCGUGAAGCGAUGGAACAAACUCCUCGAGUUUCUCAAGUAG